AUGGAAGCCAAGAGUUUGGUGUCUUGGAACAUCAUGUUAGCAGCUAUGGCUAAAAAGAAUCAACUCGUUGAGACAACGGAGUUUUUCAAUCAAGUGCCCGAAAAGGAUGAUUACUCAUGGACCAUACUCUUGGGUGCAUACGGGGAAGUAGACGAGGCAAGGAGAAUUUUUUAUGGGCUGAAGGUGGCAAACGUUGUUACAUUGAACACAAUGGUCCAAGGGUAUGCUCAGAACGGGCAACUUAAUCGAGCUCGCGAGAUGUUUGAUGGGAUUCCCCGUGACACCAAGAGUGCAGCAUCAUGGAAUGUGAUGAUCUCUGCAUACGGAAAAGCUGGCAGACUGCAAGAAGCUGAGGAGAUGUUUGAGUCAAUGCCAAAAGAGCUCAGGAACCAGAUCACUUGGAAUUCAAUGAUGAAGGAGCUUGUACGAAAUGGUCGAUUAGUCCAUGCGAAAAAUGUAUUUAACACAUGCCCACGAAAGAUGCUAUUUCUUGGACGUGUCUACUCGAGGCACUGUGUAGGUGAAAAAGAAAGUUUGGCAAAAGCUCUCAAAGUGUUGGAGGAGAUGCCGCAUGACAAAACAGUGGUUCACUGGACGAUGAUGCUGGAGGUCUAUUCCAAUACCGGGGACGUUGACUCCGCGAGGGCCAUGUUUGACCGGAUGGACGAGCCGGAUGUGGCGUCAGUCAAUGCGAUAUGCCCAAAACGGCCGUCUUCAAUCAGCAGUUGA